GGGCCGAGCCGGUCACCGCCCCCGGCCCCUCCCCGGCUCCGCCCCGCGCCGCUCAGACCGCGGGCGGCCCAGGGGAAGACGCGCCGGCUGCAUCCCCAUCCUCGGCGUCGCCGGGCACAGCGCGCGGGCGAGCGGCGCCGGUGGCCGGAGGGCGGCAGGCGGAGCGCCAGGCCGGCCAUGGCCACCACCAGCACCACGGGCUCCACCCUGCUGGAGCCCCUUAGCAACGCCGUGCAGCUACCCAUCGACCAGGUAGGAGGCAGAAUCUGGUUUCUCAGUUUCUUCAUCUGUAAAGAGGAGAUACUAAAGCUUAUCACCUAGGAUUGUUGUGAGAAUUAAGUGGAUCAUUGUGAAGGGCUCUGGGCAGUUGCAUCAGUUUGGAUCCUCUGCAGAGCAGAUGCCGGGGAGGUGUGCAGAGAUCUCCCUGGGUCAACUUUGUAGUGUGCCAGCUCUUUGCCUUGAUAGCAGCCAUUUGGUUUCGAACUUACCUACGUUCAAGCAAAACUAGCUCUUUUAUAAGACAUGUUGUUGCCACCCUUUUGGGCCUUUAUCUUGCACUUUUUUGCUUUGGAUGGUAUGCCUUACAUUUUCUUGUACAAAGUGGAAUUUCCUACUGUAUCAUGAUCAUAAUAGGAGUGGAGAGCAUGCACAGUCUGACUUCAAAGAGAAAACAACGGAAGUUCAGCUGUGAUACGGAGCUAACCUAUGGUUGCUGACUGUCAGACUAUAAAUAAAUGCUUGAUGACACUUCAGUAAAGAAGCUGCUCAUGUCACAGACAAACAAAUGGAGUUCCAAUAUGAAGGUUGACUGAUAUUUUUGGUUAUAUUAAUGGAUACUGUUUUGUGUUUGCUUUGGGAUACCUCACAGUGUGCCAAAUUACUAGAGUCUAUAUCUUUGAUUAUGGACAGUAUUCUGCUGAUUUUUCAGGCCCAAUGAUGAUAAUUACCCAGAAGAUCACUAGUUUGGCUUAUGAAAUUCAUGAUGGGAUGUUCCGAAAGGAUGAAGAACUGACUCCAUCACAGAGAGGUUUGGCUGUAAGGCGUAUGCCAAGCCUACUGGAGUAUUUAAGUUACAACUGCAACUUCAUGGGUAUCCUGGCAGGCCCACUCUGCUCUUACAAAGACUACAUUACUUUCAUUGAAGGCAGAUCAUAUCAUAUGACACAAUCAGGUGGAAAUGGAAAAGAAGAAAUACUGUAUGAAAGAACAGAGCCAUCUCCAAAUGUGGCAGUCACUCAGAAGCUCUUAGUCUGUGGACUUUCCCUAUUAUUCCACUUGACCAUCUCUAAAACAUUACCUGUGGAGUAUAACAUUGAUGAGCAUUUUCAAGCUACAGCUUCCUGGCCGACCAAGAUUAUCUACCUGUACGUCUCUCUCUUAGCUGCCAGACCCAAAUACUAUUUUGCAUGGACAUUAGCUGAUGCUAUUAAUAAUGCUGCAGGCUUUGGCUUCAGAGGAUAUGACAAAAAUGGAGCAGCUCAUUGGGACCUGAUCUCCAAUUUGAGAAUUCAGCAAAUAGAGAUGUCAACAAGUUUCAAGAUGUUUCUUGAUAAUUGGAAUAUUCAGACAGCUCUUUGGCUCAAAAGGGUGUGUUACGAGCGAGCCUCCUUGAGCCCAACCAUCCAGACGUUCAUUUUGUCUGCCAUUUGGCAUGGGGUGUACCCAGGGUACUACCUGACAUUUCUGACUGGAGUGGUGAUGACAUUAGCAGCGCGAGCCAUGAGAAAUAACUUUAGACAUUAUUUCAUCGAACCUCCCCACCUUAAGUUAUUGUAUGAUGUUAUAACAUGGAUAUUAACUCAAAUAGCAAUAAGUUACACAGUUGUGCCAUUUGUACUUCUUUCUAUAAAACCAUCAUUCAUGUUCUACAGCUCCUGGUAUUACUGCCUUCACAUCGUUGGUAUCUUACUACUACUACUGUUGCCAGUAAAAAAAGCCCAAAGAGGAAAGAAUACACAUGAAAAUAUUCAGCUGUCAAGAUCCAAAAAGCUAGAUGAAAGAGAGAAUUCUUUGGGACAGAAUAAUUUUUCCACAGCAAACAGUGUUUGCAAUCAGAAUCAAGAAAUAGCCUCUAGACAUUCAUCAUUAAAGCAAUGAUGGGGAAAACA